CUUCCGGCGCUGUGCCCCGGAAGCGGAAGUGUGACUGUAGUCUGUCAGAGAGUGUUACUCGGUGGUCCAGGAAUCUAGGGAAGUCGUCGUUUAAUUUUUGCAGGCUCUCGAGCGCUUCCCCCCUGGCGGGUGGGAGUGCAGAGAGGAAAGUGCAAGAUGAGCACCAUGUUCGCGGACACACUGCUCAUCGUUUUUAUCUCCGUGUGCACGGCUCUUCUUGCCGAGGGUAUAACCUGGGUCCUGGUUUACAGGACAGACAAGUACAAGAGACUGAAAGCGGAGGUGGAGAAACAGAGUAAAAAACUGGAAAAGAAGAAGGAAACAAUAACAGAGUCAGCUGGUCGACAACAAAAAAAGAAAAUAGAGAGGCAAGAAGAGAAACUGAAAAAUAACAACAGAGACCUAUCCAUGGUCCGAAUGAAAUCCAUGUUUGCAAUUGGCUUUUGUUUUACUGCCCUAAUGGGAAUGUUCAAUUCCAUAUUUGAUGGUAGAGUGGUGGCAAAGCUCCCUUUCACCCCCCUUUCCUAUAUCCAAGGAUUGUCUCAUCGAAACCUGCUAGGGGAUGACACCACAGACUGUUCCUUCAUUUUUCUGUAUAUUCUCUGUACCAUGUCAAUUCGACAGAACAUCCAGAAGAUUCUUGGUCUUGCCCCUUCACGAGCUGCCACCAAGCAGGCAGGUGGAUUUCUUGGUCCUCCACCUCCUUCUGGGAAGUUCUCUUGAAAUCAAGAACAACCCUGUAAUUCCUGUCAUUCUUUUUAAACAUUCAAAUUAGACUGGCAACUAUUUUGUAGCAAGAGCCAUAGACAACCUUAGCACUUGGGCCACUUUCUAGUGCUGAGUUAUUUCUAGCCUUUUUGGGUAUGAUUCAAAUGAGAAUGGCACCCAGCAAACAUGAUAGUACUUCCAGUCACAGAUUAAUUUUUAGAAAAAUAAGUUUGUUGGUUAGAUAAGUUCAGGCAUUGUUUAUGUAAUGAGAAGCAAAUAGCAUCUUUCUUGUUUGGCCUACAUGGAUAUUUUCUGUGGGCCUGACUCUCAAGUCUGUGCUGUGUGCCAUGUACCAUGGAAGUUGGCUCUCCAUGAGCAUUUAGAGAUCUGGAAGAAAAAUUUAGUUUGUAAUAUCUUAAUUGGAACUAUUUGUUGUACAUUGUUUCCAAGCCAAAUAUAUGACCCAGGAUCAAUAAAGAUGCCAAAAUUUUAGCUAUUUCAUCUACAAGGUGAGAUCUGUUUUGUACCAUAUUCCUAGAUACAUGUUUUUAGUAAUCUGAACAUAAACAUUGGCCAGGAAGGGCUAAACUCAAAGUUUUAAAUGUACUAUUUUAUCAUACUUGCCUUAUAAGCUCAAAAUAUAGAGUUGUCCUAUUAUAAGAAGUGGAAAGCAUGAGAGGAAAGGAGAGAAGUAACUCAUGGGAGUAUAAAAAUGAGGGCUUGGCAUCCCUUUAAACCCUUGGGUGACUUACGGGAUUCUUGGCAAGGCACUCUUAGUCCUCCCCUGGAGGCAAGGUUAUAGUUAGAGGUAGGAAGUCUUGCAGAGCUUCCUUUUGGUCACAGUGGCCUUUAGUUCCUGCCGUGUUCCUUUGUAAAGGAUGAGAGGAUGCUUUUAUCAUGAACUUCCCCUGCCUAAUCCCUGAAAUUGGAAAUCUUGUAUGAAGUGGUUACUCUCGUAACAAAUACAUACAUUGAUCAGUAGUCUCCUUAGAUGCAUGUGUUCUUCCAAUGAGAGAAGACAUGUUAUUUGCAAAGUAACAACUGUGAAACUGAUAGCAAACUUCUCAAUGGCAUAAAAUCCAGAAGACAGUGGGAUAAUAUCUUCAAAGCUGAGGAAAAUAAUUAUCAGCCUAGAAUUUUAUGUACGGCUAAACCAUAAGAUUGGGGGCAAAACUGGGAGGCAGUAUUUUCAGAGCCACAAAAUCCAAGAUAAUUAUGAACUUUUAAGGUUAUGUUUCCGGGGCACCUAGCUCGCUCAGUCAGUAGAGCAUGCAACUCUUGAUCUCGAGGACAUGAGUUCAAGCCCCAUGUUGGGCAUAGAGCUUUCAUAUUAAAAAAAGAAAUAUAUAUAUAUAUAUUUCCAGGACAGAAAAGAAUACCAGGAGGAAGGUGUAGGAUAUAAGAAACAAUGGUCAACACAGAUAUUUAUAAAAUAUAUGGAUAAAUUUAAGUGUUUUAUGGAUUAUCUAGUUAAGAAUUGUUUCAAGAAAACCCCAUAAGGUUACUACUGUUCUUACCCUCAUUUAACAGAUGAAGAAACUGGGGCAGGAGAGGUUAAGUAACUUGCUCACCAUCACUUAGCUAGUGAGUGGCAGAGUUAGGAUUUGGAGCGAAGCCACCUAAAGUUACAUAGUCCGGGCUCUCCAGUCCCUCCCCAUAGGCGUGCGGUGAUUCUCUUCCCUCGGCUCUUAUUUCUUCAGCUAGAGUACAUGAGACAUGAAUUGGGGGCGGGGGGUGCUUGGUGGUUCUUGUUUCCUUAAAGCUAUCACAUGGGUGGGAACACAGCAGAAGCUCAACAAAAGUAGAUGAAAUGGAACAGAAAUCUUUAUUUCUAGGUCACUUUGAUCAGAAAGGAUGCCUGAUAAUGGACGGCAAUGAUUUCUAACAGUCUUUUCCCCGCGUCAAUGACUGUUCCAGGCAAAAUAAUAGUGAAAAGAAUGAUCAUGACAAAAAUGAUGAUCAUGAUAACAGUGAUGACAAAAAUGACGGAAUCUCUAAAAUAAAACAGAAAAGAGAAGGAACCACACUGAAAAUUCUGCCAGUGCCUUUGUAAAGUGAGAAUAUAUAAUCCAUCCUACCACCUACCUCCUUAGGUUUUGAUGAGAGUGCUUUCCAAUUAAAUUUCUUAUGGACCAGGUUUUCAUAAAGUAUAUUUCAAUAGGAGAGGGUGAAUAAGAGGGACAGUAAAAAGGAAGGAGAGUAACAUCUAUUCACCCUGUUUCUAAAACAGCACAAUAGGUGUAUUACAGAAGAGUAAAGCUACCACAUCACGAGAAUGUAAAUUAAAGGAUGUAUUAAGGCCUAUGCAACCUCACAAUUAGUUUUUUUUAAUUACUUGCCCUGAACAGUUUUCAAGACUAGUCAUUUGGAUGAUGACCUUUCAAGCCAGACGAGCCUCUGAACAUCUCUUAAAAUGUAUGACUUGGCUACUGGACCUAUGUAAAGGAUAGUUGUCCCUUUUCUAGUUUAAGGGAAAAAAAUCAAGCAUUUUUAAUGCUGUGUAUUAGCCUACUCAGGUUGCAGUCAUAAUAUGCUAAAGCAGUAAACUUCCAAAAAAAAAAAUGCAGGUAAACCUGAAUUUAUUAACAGAUAGCAUUCCAAAAUCUAGGUCAGUUUGGAAAUUGGAAAGCAAAUGGGUGUAGGUACUCAUGUGCCCUUGAGCAGACUGUGGUCCCUCUUCUCCCAUGUAAAUCAUCCUCCAGUGGGGUCAGGGACAUACAAUGACAUCAGUGGAUUGAUGAGCAUACAGAAUUCCCUUACAUCCAAAUCAAAAUCAUUUUGCCGCACACUAGUAUGUAGUAGGGUUUUUUUCAGUAUACUUUCUUUUUUUGCAUUAAUUCUGCUUAAGUUGUAGUCUUUUAAUUUACUUUUACCCUUGAGUUUUUAAACUUUUUAGAAUGGAAAAAAGUCUCAAAAACAAAAGUCUUAAAAAGUAUAAAGAACACUGAGAUACCCAUUAUUCAACAAUUACUAAUUCAUGGCCAAUCUCAUGUCUACCCCUGCCUGCCUCCUGUAGUAUUUUGAAGCAAAUCCUAGGCAUCCCAUCUUUUAUGCAUAAAUAUUUCAAUGCUUUUAAAUAUGUGUGUACGUGUACAUAUAAUCUUAACAUCAUUUAUGUACCUAAAAAAUUGAUAAUUCCUUGAUACCAUAAAUUGUCUAAGGAUGUCAAAAUUUGUUGCAAUCUUUUUUGAAUGAAGAGCCAAAUAAGAUAACUGUAUUGCAGUUGGCUGAUAAGCAUUGUAAAUUUCUUCCAGUCUGUUGUAGCAGUUUUCAAACAAGAGUGCAUCAGAAUCCCCUACAAGGCUUUUUAAAACAGUUUCUGAUUCUAAGUCUGGGGUGGAGCUUGAGAAUUUGCACUUCUCACAAGUGCAAGGUGAUGCUAAUGCUGUAGGGUUUGGAGCCCACUCACAUUUUAGCUCCCCACUGUCUCUGUCAUUUUCCCCCUUGCAAUUUAUUUACUGAAGAAACUGAGCUGUUUACCCUGUAGAGUUCCCUCAGUUUGGGUUUUACUGAUCGCAUGCCUGUUUAUUCUUGCCGGCACUUGUCGAAGUGAAUACCAUGUGUGGACGCCGCUGGGUUCAGGUCCUCAUCACUGUCCCGAGUUCCCCUGCAGCAGCCUCCCAGGCUGUCUCCCUUAGUCUGGCCUGUUGUCCAUCCUGUCAUGGCAAUGUCUUUCUAUAAUAUAAGUCUAACUGUGUUGCUUCUCCAAGGAAAUUUGUCCAGUGGCUCCCGGGAGCCUCUAAGUAAACUGUUUGGCACGGGAAACCAUCCCAGUCUGGAUCUCUAGCCCCCACUCACACCCUGAUAAACCUAGGCUCCAGUCAAGCAGAAUUUAUUUUAAGAAUACUUCAUUUUUCACAGUCUUUUUGGACUUUAUUACCCUUGUUUUCUCUGCCUGGAAUGUUCUCCCGCUUACUUGUCUGAUUUCCUCCUAUUCCCUUCUAGACUCUGCUCAAGCAUCAUCUCCUCCUAAGUUUUCUUUGACCUUUAGACAGCCGGUUCUUUCUCCUCUCUGUAUCUCUGUUUGUGUUUUUCAUAUAUGAAUCACUUAUUAAAAAUGGCCAAGUGUCGUAACUUUCUUAGUCUCAACUGCCUCAUCUGGAAAAUGGGGUUAAUAUAGUCCAGUCAGAGCUCCCUGAUCCAACCUUCUCUUACCCAAGUCUUCCCCUGCAUCCUCUCCAUUCUCUCUGCAAAGCACACUGACUGAUGCACACAGCACAUCGAAUGCUCUUAGCCAUGCUUAUGCACUUCAGCUCCCACCUGUGAACUGUGGAACGUUAUUUGUUUUGUUAAUUUUAAUCACAUAAAUUGACAAAAUAUUAGGCGAAUUAAUAUGAAUGCAAAAAGAAUUGCAUCUAUGAAAACUGAAUGGUUUGGAAUGACUCAAUAAAAGCAAGUUGCUGAACAUAA